GCAAGCGGAGCAGCUGGAGGGAUGCAUGACUCGGAACGCCAGCAGGCGACAUCAGGGUGUUUGCAGACAGAAAUACUCUUUCCCUUUGCUUAUUAGUUCCUUCGUGUUUUCUGAAAGGGAAGAGAGACGGGCUAUAUUUCAAGUAACGGCGGCGACGACGACGAUUUUUGCAACCUGGUCAUCUGUAUAAUUACUCGCCAGUAAGUCCCUCUGAGUUCCCCGGGACUUAUUCCUAAGAAGAGCGUGUGCGCAGGAUCUUGGCCCUAGUUUUAAAAGCACAACACAAUAAGCUGCUAUGGAGCAUGUGUUUACGCCACUGGAAUGUCUACUUCCCACUGGAAACCUGACGUUUUGCCUUCUGAUUCUUAAUCAGCCUUUGAACAAAAGCCAUUUUCAUCAUCUGUGGAACAAAGCGGUUCUGAGAGCAUGUGCUGAUGGAGGUGCUAAUCAUUUGUACUGCAUCACAGAAGGAAACCGUGAAAGCUUUUUGCCUGAUUAUAUCAGUGGGGACUUUGAUUCUAUUUUACCUGAAGUAAAAGAAUAUUAUACAGACAAGGGGUGUGAGCUCAUAGAGACACCAGAUCAAGACUUAACAGAUUUCACCAAGUGCCUUCAGAUACUUCAACAGAAGAUAGAAAAAAAAGGCUUGCAGAUGGACAUGAUUGUAACUUUGGGUGGACUUGGAGGUCGCUUUGACCAAAUCAUGGCAUCUGUGGAAACUCUCUUUCAUGCAGUUAAGAUAACCUCCUUUCCCAUCGUAGUUAUUCAAGAGUGUUCCUUAAUAUACCUACUUCAACCAGGCAAGCACAAACUUCUUGUGAACACAGGACUUGAAGGGAAGUGGUGUGGCCUCAUUCCAGUUGGGAGCUGUUGUGAAUGCGUAACAACAACAGGCCUAAAAUGGAAUCUCAAUAGAAGUAUUUUGAAGUUUGGGACCCUGGUCAGCACAUCAAACACUUACGAUGAAACUGGGAUAGUGACCGUUGAAACUGACAAGCCUUUGCUUUGGACAAUGGGAAUUAAAGAUAAAGGGAGUGCUUGAAAGAUUGUCACUCUACAUAGUCCAACUUGAAAUGUAAGGUGAAAUUUUCUGCUCUCUCAACCACCAGCCAAAUGAGAAUUUUAUAUUGCAAUUACAGUAUUUCAUUAUGCUUUUAUAAAAAAAUCAACAUUUUAUAUGGUUGUUUUUUAAAAAAUGCAGCUUCAGUCUAUUGAAUGCCACAGAUUUUAUGAUGUUUUUCUUUUUGGAGCAAAUCUGUAUUUAAAAGCUUUUGUUUUAAAGCCUGAAAGUGGAUGCAUUUUCAGAUAACUCUGCCUGUAACCAGUGAAUAGAGAUGUUGCUUUAUUUUAACUCACGUAAGAUUGGUAAUCAGAAAUGGGUAUGAUGUACAACGUUCCAUGCUCUAUUCUAUCUGCUGUUUCUAUGCCUCAAACUCUUUAGCAAAAUGGAAACUUUGCUACUGGUUUGGAAUAAGCAGUGCCUCCUAUUAGCUACUGGCUAAUAAAUAGCCACACACUGAAUGCAUGUAAAAUUAGUCUAGAGGAUGCAGUGCAAACCAGAUAUUGUAAGGGGACAUGCACACACACACACACACACACACAGCCACCUGCAGCUCUCCAUACACAUCUGUGCAUAAGCAAAGAGCCUGACUUCACUCACUCUUUCCCCCCUCUGCUCUAUUAGGGACCAUAUUUCUCUUUAUGUGUGUUUGCAUGUAUAGUGUCUAAUACGUGUAUUUUAUCUCCUGAUCCCGUGGUAGCUGAGAGCUAAACUUAAGUCUCAUGUAUGUCUCUGCCAAUAAAAUUAAACCAGAAUGAAUUUUACAUUGUAAGCAAUUUUAAUUAUACUUUACCUUGGCUCUACUCUGCAUUAACCACAAUAACAAAUACUGAGCUAAAGCAAUUCCUCAAACUUGCCAAAGUUUAAUGGAUCAGUUGUUUUGGAAAGUGAUGUCAACAAAUACCACAUUGCAAAUUAGCCCUACGCUUGCCUUAAUAAAGAUAUAAUUUAAAAUA